AUGGGACGGGCUUCAUUCGAAUAUGACGAAGUGGGUAACACAUUUUACUACGUCCUGGUCUCUUUUUAUGCUAUUAUUCUUAUCCCGCUGACGUACUUCUUCUUUCCCACAGGAAAAACAGAAAGCGUCAAAGUUGAUGAACACGAAUGUCAAUGUGUUGGAUGUGUGAAGAAACGUCAGCAGAAGGAAGCGAAUAGACCCUGGAAACGUACGAAAACUAUUUUGACAGUUGUUUUCCUACUUAUUGCAUGGAUUGUAUUCGCUCUGAUUGUGAAAAAAGUUACGGAAAUCGAGGUCACCUACGAGGAAUAUAAUCCAUAUCAAAUUCUAGGGUUAGAUCAAGGUGCUGAUACAGCGGCUGUACGUAAAGCAUAUCGUGAGCUGUCUAAGAAAAUGCAUCCUGAUCGAGGUGGCGAUGCACAAAUGUUCGAUAAGAUCGCGAAGGCCUAUCAAGCUUUAACUGAUGAAGAAUCUCGUGAAAAUUGGGAGAAGUAUGGGAAUCCGGAUGGACCUACAGCUACAACGUUUGGAAUAGCUUUACCAAAAUGGAUUGUCAGUAAGGAAUAUGGCAUAUGGGUGCUGGCUUUCUAUGGUCUCUUGUUUAUGGUCGUGUUACCAGUUGUUGUUGGUGUAUGGUGGUACAACUCUAUCAAAUAUAAUGUAGACAAAGUUCUCUUGGAUACUACACAAUUGUUCUACUAUUUCCUGCACAAAACACCGAAAAUGGAGAUAAAUCGUAUGCUGAUGUUACUGGGAGGAUCAUUUGAGUUCUGGAAACAAUACAACAAAGAAAUUAUAGAGAGAGAAACUGAUGACGUGGAGCUUACACGGCGCAUGAAAUCUCUUCCUAAUCUUGGCGAAAACAAAAAGGAACGACCGCUUUCCCUUCCUUAUUCACUGAAAGCGAGAAUUUUAAUACACUCAUAUCUCUCUCGUAUUCCACUCGAUAACGAAGGUCUUGAAUACGACCAGCGAUACAUCCUAGCAAGAGUGUUGCGGCUUACCGAAGAAAUGAUUUCAAUGUCACAGCAGCUUACAUUCUACACUCAGAUCAAAGUGCCCAUAGAAACGCUGGAUAACCUGCUCCGUCUGCAACCAAUGUUUGUACAAGCCUUAUGGCCAAAGAAUAGUCCACUGCUUCAACUUCCGCACAUCACAGAUCACAAUCUCCCUUAUCUCAGAAAGGGACGUAUAUACUCAUGUGGAGAUCUUGCUGCAUUGGAAGGUGAAAAGAGAAGAGCUCUGCUCAAGUCACUUUCUGACGAUGAAUACCGUGAUGUGCUUGUUGUACUUUCCUCGAUGCCACGUCUUACCAUUCAAACGAACGUUGUUGUGGAAGGAGAGGAUGAUGUUUUUGAAGUGACUGCUGGAUGUAUUGUCACAAUUAAAGUUACACUAACCAGAACCAGUUUGCUCGAUCCAAUUAAAGCUGGUUUGGAAGACCAGAGAGUUCAAAUCGGUGAAGAAGCUGACGGGGAUGCCAGUGCUUGUACCGACCAAGAGGAUGAAGAAGCUCCUCUCGCUGGUGGUGAUCAAGUUGCAAAAGAGGAGGAGAAUAAAGAAAUCAAGAAGAAAAAACCUUGGGAGAAAAGCAAACCACAAAAGAAGAAAGGUGGUGCCAAGAAGAAACCACAAAAACAACCGAAUAAGAAGGCAGCACCGACUCCGGCACCUGCUGCUCCUGCGGUUGUUGAAAAAGAUACGAAAGAAGAGAACAAAAAUGAAAAAGAUGAUGAAGAAGAUGAUGACGACGAGGGUUCGAUAUCUUCAUGUGAUAUGCCUCCCAAAUUUGACGAAGAAAGCGAUGUUGACGAUGACUGGACGGAAAGCAGUUCUAAGAAGGUCAUCUUCGAUGCGAAAUCGCACAAAACGCACCUUGUACAUAGUCCGUUCUUCCCGCCAGAGAAAUAUGAGUGGUGGUGGUUAGUUUUAACAAUGUUGGACAAAAAACAACGUCGGUUAGUCUGCCCCACGGUCGCUUGUAAAACGCUUGUGGACGAGCAAACGGUUGAAAUGCGGUUUUCGGCUCCACCCGUAAAAGGGAUAUAUCAUUUCCAACUGGCAGUACGAUCAGAUUCUUACAUGGACUGUGAUUACAAUAAGGAUAUCAAGCUUGAAGUAAAAGAAGCAAAAGAAGUGGUCCUGCCGAAAUAUGAAGACUCAGAAGAUGAAGAGGAGAAAAUUGCGGGUUCAAGUGAUGAAGAAUACACUGAGGGUUCGGAUUCAGAAGAAGAGUAG